GUAAUAUUCUUUAUUUUGCUCAAAUUAAUUUUCAUGUUUGGAAUGGAAUAUAUGAGCUUUGCGCGCGGAGGAACAUACCAUGUUCUGCAAUAGGUUCGUAUAGAGCAUCCCCUCAUACCUGCAUAUCUCAUUUUUCCUCUUUUUUUCCCCCCUUUGUUCCCCCCUUUUUUAAUGUAUGAUGCUAAAGAGUCAGAUGCAACACCCUAAGUUUGUUCAAAAAGCUGCGGUAAGAAAUUUCAUUUUGUGAUGUACGCACGGGUAUAUCUUAACCCAGGGGAAACGAAAUUGCCUUUUAAAUUGUGCGGAGGAAAACAAAGAAGGAAAAAAAAAGAGCCCCAAUAUAUACCAACUUACAAUCAUUAAGGAGCACAUCACACCGAAUAACAUGGAGAACACUAAGAAGGAGACAAGAGCGGACACGGUGAAGGCACAUUUAGAAGCGAUUGAAGAGUGCAAGGAAAAAAAGGAGAAGUACGUAAAAUGUUUUAAUAACUGGUAUAAGAAUAAUUUCCUCAAGGGUGACCUAACGCAGGCGUGCGAUGACUACUAUGAGGACUAUCAAAUUUGUGUGCUGAACGAUCUUAAUAAGAAGGGGUUGGGGCACCUGGCGAAUUUGCCCAAGGGGAAGUGAGCGAGGUGGAUGCAGCGUUGCACGGGAAAGAGAAGAUUUUGGCUUUUCGCCAUUUUAAGUCUAAGCCCAUUUGUCGUACACAGUUUGCCUACACGUUUGCGAACACAUUUGCCUCUUUUUUUUUAUCGUGCUUAUCCCCUGAUUUUUUACAACGACUGGUCAUUUUGUCGCGCAGCACAUUUGCCCACCUUUUGCCUUUUUUUCUUUUCUGCCCUAACUUUGGUGGCCGCUCCACGGCGAAUUGUUUUA